GAGUAGAAGCUCCUAGAAACUUUCCUCAUUCUUCUUCUAUUUUGCUCCAGAACUUUCCAAAAUUUCCACUAUAUAACCCUAAUCCCUUCAUCCAAAAACUCACUCAAAAUUAGAAAUUAAACCAGUUCGAACAAAUCCAAGCACAAAAUCACCCUAUCCAAAAAUUUCUCAAAAUUGAAAAUGGAUUUCAGGUUGGUGGAUAUCGAUAACAUACCACUCUUCCACACUCUUCAGCAUAUGAUGGAAGUUGCCGGUGACGAUUCCGAAAAGUCUGUCAAUGCCCCAUCAAGGAUCUAUGUUCGUGACGCCAAGGCCAUGGCUGCGACGCCAGCGGAUGUGAAGGAGUAUCCUAAUUCGUAUGUUUUCGUUGUGGAUAUGCCAGGGUUGAAAUCUGGAGAUAUCAAAGUGCAGGUGGAAGAAGACAAUGUGCUGUUGAUUAGUGGAGAAAGGAAGAGGGAAGAAGAGAAAGAAGGUGCAAAGUAUAUCAGAAUGGAGAGAAGGAUUGGGAAAUUCAUGAGGAAGUUUACCCUGCCGGAGAAUGCGAAUACUGAUGCAAUUUCUGCUGUUUGUCAAGAUGGGGUUUUGACCGUCACUGUUCAAAAGUUGCCUCCUCCUGAGCCAAAGAAACCCAUAACAAUAGAGGUUAAAGUUGCCUGAAAUGUUGGAGAUGCUUAUUUUGGACAUGGUAGUAACUAGUAAUGGAGGUCCUCUGUUUUGAUGAUUUGAAUAAAGUGAUAUUAGAUCUAGGA